AUAAAACGUCAAAUUAUCAUUAAAUCAAAUUCAUAACAAUGGCAAUCAGAGCUGCUUUGCUCCUUGUGAGAGCCACACCGCUGCAAUUCAGCUUCAACCCAAAAAAGGCGCUUGUUUUAAAGCAAAAUAAUCGAAAUUAUGCAGUAAAAUCGAGUCUUGAGCCUCCUGAUGUUCAACGUUUGGCCGAAACAGCUCGUAUUUCCCUCGCUCCACAUGAAGUUGAAGAAUUUGCUCCUAAAAUUCAACAAGUGAUAGACUGGUUUGGGCAACUUCAAGCUGUUGAUCUUCAGAAUGUUGAGCCAGCCAUAAGAGCAGAUAAUGAAGAAGAAACUUUGCGCUAUGAUUCGCCUGAGAUAUUUGAGAAUAGGGAUGCCAUAGUAGCUGCUGUGCCAUGCUAUGAAGAUUCUUAUAUCAAAGUUCCAAAAGUCUUGAACAAGGAGUAAUUCAUUUUUGUUGACUUUCUUUAAUUAACCUCCAAUAUAUUAGUGACCUUUAAAUUGAAAGUUGUAUCAGCAUUGUACCGUGUUCUUGUUCCUCAAAAUUGUAGGUCAUGUUUUGCGUACAGUAUUGGAUAGCAUUUAACGGUAUAUCAGACUAGAUUUUUUAACCUUUUUUCUUUCUUAAUUGUGUCUAAUACUGCUUAUAAAAUCGAACAUGUCUACACAACAAUUUUAUUGAAGUUUAUGUGAUUUUA